AAAAAAGGAAAGCGCGUUCCGAGUGACGUAUGCACGUAUGUGCGACGUCACUUCCGUUUCCUCUCUCUUCUUUCUUUCUCGUCCGCUCCUUCGACAUGGCGCCGAUCAAACACAGGAAGCCGAUGGCUGUGGGCAAGAAGUCCAAGAAGGGGGCUUCGUGGAAGUUCACCCUGGACCUGACGCACCCGGUGGAGGACGGCAUCCUGGACUCUGCCAAUUUUGAAACCUUCCUCAAAGAGAGGAUAAAGGUCAACGGGAAGACGGGGAACCUGGGUAACGUCGUCCAGGUCGGCCGGAUGAAGAACAAGAUCAACGUCACGUCUGAGAAGCAGUUCUCCAAGAGGUACCUCAAGUACCUGACAAAGAAGUACCUGAAGAAGAACAACCUCCGCGAUUGGCUGCGAGUGGUGGCGUCCGACAAGGAGACGUACGAGCUGCGCUACUUCCAGAUCAGCCAGGACGACGAGGAGUCGGAGGCGGACGAGUGAGCGCCUGCAGCCGCGACGUCGAGUGUGACGGCAAAAUAAACUGGAAUAAACCUGUA